GUUUACCUGUCUCCUUGUUUCUGAGCGCACAACGCCCGUAUUUGUCCAGAAUAGUUGAUCGGUUUUGGCAGUUACUUUUUCUGUUGAUACCGUAAAAAUCAAAACAACUGAUGCAACGUCGCUCUAACCUCUGACCCCGCGCACUGACCCACGGGUAGGAAACAUGGCCGCCGUUUUUGUUUUGGUUCCCGUCAAAUUUUCUCCGGAAAAUUUGGGCGCCGUCUACACAACUUUCACAUUCCUCUAACACUCUGUACCUCCGUAGAACGUUUAAGUAUAUAUCCUAGGACACAUAGGAGCUGAAAGAUGGAGUUUAACACGUCUACGGGUGGCGGGAUCACGCCAAACCCGUACGCACCACAGUUCAGCCCCGCUGCCGCGACCACCACCACCACCGCGAGUACGUUUAGCCCAGACGCGCCGCCUUUUGCGCCCUCCCCGGGGCCUCACGCCCCGCCCUUCGCCCCCUCCCCCGUGCCACACGCGCCUCAAACACCACAGCACCAUCCCGAGAUAUUUGUGGACGGGCACGUGCCGAUUUUGGACGGCAGUUUUAACGGGAGCGGCGACGCGUCGGUGCACUUCGGACACAACUCCAGCGGGUUCGAGGAAGGCUUCCACCCCAGCGAUCCCAACUCUCAGCAUCACAGCGGGCAGCAUCAGGAGCACGGCAUCAUGCAAGGCGGUCGAGGCAUCUCCAACCCUCCUGUUGGUAAUGAGGAGUACCACGAGCUCCACACCAUCGUGGCAGACGGAGGAGACCGAUACGGGGUGUCGGCCGUCGCCUUCGAUCUUCAUCAGGAGCUGCUCUGGAUGGGCAACCAAGGAGGACAUGUGACGUCCUACUAUGGCCCAGGCAUGCAGAAGUAUUCGUCCUUCCAGCCACUGCCCGUCGGGACAGAGAUGCGCCAGGUGCUCAGUAUUGACAACGGCGUGCUGCUCCUCGGGAACAACCGCAUGAGGUGCUCUGAGCGCGGCGGACUGACCAUCUUUGAUUUCAGUGGUGAGGACAUGCAUGACAUGCAGGUCAUGACAAUGGUGGACCCUACCACUCUUCUCAUAGGGGGUCACCAGGACAAAGUCAUCGAGUUUGAUCUGAAUUCUGGACAGCAGGUUAACUUGCUAGAAGUGGGUGAUCCUGGAGUUGCCAUAUUUAGACACACCAAUAGAUUCAUAUGCUGUGGGGAUACAAGUGGACAGGUGACCCUACGAGACAUGAACACCUUUAAGACAGAGCACAUCCUGAAGGCUCACUCUGGGUCCCUGUCGGACUUUGACGUCCACGGAAAUCUGCUGGUCACCGCAGGCUUUUCUACCAGGAGAGGCAGUUUGGCGGUGGACCGUUUCCUGAUGAUCUAUGACCUGCGUGUAAUGCGAGCCAUGGCGCCCAUGCAGCUCUCCAUCGACCCCAUGUUCCUCCGCUUCGUACCCACCUACACACCCAGGAUUGUCGCUGUGUCUCAGGCUGGACAGUUCCAGAUCCUGGACCUUGCCGGAGUGAUGACCCCUGCCAGCAUGGCCAUCCACCAGCUCAACACCCACGGGCACAUGUGCAUGGGCUUUGACAUCUCCACAUCAUGCGAGGCCUUUUCCUUUGGAGACAAUGGAGGAUUGCUGCACCUAUGGACAGACAGAGAAGAGGUCCUCUACAACAACUACUCAAGUCCUACAGAAUUCGCGGAUCAUCCCGAGCACCUGCCUGCCAUGUCUAUAGUGGACCCCCUGACUCCCCUGGCCAGCAUACCCAUGCUAUAUGAGAACUGUCAUGGUCCCCUGCUCUCUGACUGGCCGGAGGACUGCAUGAAAUAUGUAAAGAGACGGAUGCCCCCAGUUGACCCUGAGAUUCUGGCCUCCAUGAAGAUUGUUCAGUUCAUCGGCUAUGCACCUAACCCGAGGGUUAAGAAGAGGAACCAGGUGCCGUACCGAGCCAAGGACCUGGCCAUCACCAUCCCCACCUCAUCUACGGGGGCAACCAGCACUGUUCCCGAGUCACCAGGGGCCAGAGGAGAGAGUCCUCGCUGGUACAUGGUGCCGACAAGAUACCGCAAAGUAGAGAUCAAGUACACAAAACUCGGUGUGGACAGUUUUGACUUCCGCCACUACAACCGGACCAACUUUGCUGGUCUGGAGACCAACAUUCCCAACAGCUACUGUAAUGCCAUGCUGCAGGUGCUGUACUUCAUCGAGCCCCUCAGGUGUGCAGCCCAGUCCCACCUGUGUGAGAAGGAGUUCUGCCUCACCUGCGAGCUGGGGUUCCUCUUCCACAUGCUGGACAUGUCCAAGGGGGAAAACUGUCAGGCCAGUAACUUCCUGCGAGCGUUCCGCACCAUCCCGGAGGCCUCAGCGCUUGGGCUGGUUCUGGGCGACCACGAGGAGGCCACGGGAAAGGUCAACCUGGGUCGGCUCAUCCAGUCCUGGAACAGGUUCAUUGUGCAGCAGGUGCACCAGGAUAUUCUUGAACCAAAAGAGGAAGACUCAGAGAAGAAGGAGCCUGAAGAACCAGAGCCUCCGAAGGAAGUAGAGAAGACACCAAUAGAGAAGAUGUUCAGUUCAGAGGUGACCAUCUCCUCCAAGUGUCGGUGUGGGAAGGAGACGACCAAGGAGACCAACUCCAUGGUGUAUGGACUCAACUACCCGGACAUCUCAGACCCAGAGCUGAAGAAGAAGCAGUACUCAUUUGCUGAGGUCCUGAAGAGCAGCAUGUCAUCAGAGCAGGUCACCCACGCCUGGUGUGAGGACUGCAACAGAUAUCAGCCCACGACACAAAGCAGGAAACUAAAGAGCCUGCCAGACAUCCUCUCCAUCAACUGUCACCUGGACAGUGAGCGGGACCAGCUGUUCUGGCAAGCACAGGAGGAGAAAAUGCCGAACUACGUUCCGUGGGACCAGGUCAUGAAGCAGAAAGAGGGGAACUCCUCCAAGCCAUCCUCCUCGCAGAGCCGAACUGUCCGACCUUGUCGCUACGGGUCACAGUGUACGCGAUCGGACUGCAAGUUCUCCCAUGGCUCACAGGACAAGGAACAAACGCCGUGCCGAUAUGGUGACAUGUGCACUCGCCCCGACUGCAAGUUUUCUCACAGGAGCAACACAGAGAGGCAGCAAGCUACGGUGUUGUCCAGUGCAGAGAUACUGGAGAUGAGUCUACAGGAGGAGGCCCAGGCACACUGGCUACCCUGCGGACUCAAAAUGGCGCUGGUAGACGGGCAUCUGAAGAUAGAGGGGCUUCCCGAGAUGGAGGAUGUAGAGAAGGAGAAGCCGAGUGAGGAGUGGGCAGUGUACGAGCUGACCAGCUCUGUCUGUCAUGUCCAGGAGUCCAGACUGGGGGGCAAUCUGGAUGUAGAGAAGGAGAAGCCAAGUGAAGAGUGGGCAGUGUACGAGCUGACCAGCUCUGUCUGUCACGUCCAGGAGUCCAGACUGGGGGGCAACCUGGUCGCACACAUCAAGGGCGGCAUUCCUUAUCACAAGAGGAAAGAGGGCAUCACAGCUACCCAGUGGUACUUAGUGAACGACUUUGCCAUCGCUCCUAUGGACAAGUUGGAUGCUGUCCAGUAUGGGAUGGCCUGGAAGGUUCCAUGUGUGCUCUACUUCUCCAGGAAGGACCUCAACAAGAGACACGACUGCCAAAUCCACAACCCCAUCAGUGAGAAGGUUCUGUUCCCGGAGGCGUCCCUGUCCAGCCGUGUCCUGAAGAGACAUAUCACGUUCCAGCCGCUUGCUGCAGAGGAGAUGCCGAAGGACGGCGAUCUGGUCGCACUGGACGCUGAGUUCGUUACCCUCAACCAGGAAGAGGCAGAACUCCACAGUGAUGGCACCCGGUCCACCAUCAAGCCUAGCCACAUGUCUGUGGCCAGGAUUACAGUCAUCAGGGGACAAGGCCCCCAAGAAGGCACACCUUUCAUAGAUGACUACAUCUCCACUCAAGAACAGGUAGUGGAUUACCUGACCAAGUUUUCAGGCAUCAAGCCUGGUGAUUUGGACGCCAAUAUCUCCUCCAAACACCUGACUACACUCAAGUCUACUUACCUCAAGCUAAGGUAUCUGAUUGACCGAGGAGUGAAGAUGGUGGGGCAUGGCCUGAAGAAGGACUUUCGAGUCAUCAACCUUUUUGUGCCCAAGGACCAGAUCGUGGACACAGUCUUGUUGUUCCACCUGACAAACAAGAGGAUGAUGUCCCUCCGCUUCCUGGCCUGGUACUUCCUCAAACUGCGUAUCCAGAGCGACACCCACGACAGUAUCGAGGACGCGCGGACAGCCCUGCAGCUGCACAAGAAGUACAAACAGCUGAAGGACGAGCAGGAGCCCGACGAGUUCCACAAGACGCUGAGGAAGAUGUAUGAGGAGGGCAGGAAGGUCGGCUGGAAACCUCCCGACGAAUGAGGAGCUGAGAUGGAUUUUAAAUCGCCCAAUCACUGCAUUCCGUGAAGCAUUAUUCGACAGUAGUUUAGUGUACUGCACAGUAUAGUACCUAACCCUAACAUCAAUUUCAGGUACCAGUAUCCACCGGUACAGUGGUUUACGUACAGGUCUGGACCUGUACUUGUCCGUGUGCAAUUUCACAAAUUAACCUGUGGUGUUCAUUGAUAAUAAAGACAUGAUAAGAUACUCAAGAGAAUGUUCAUUAAGACGUCAGGUAUCUUAGGAAUUGCGCCAAGGCUCUCGAAAGGAUUUCAAAUCAAAUCAUUUCAUUGUUUUACAGUGCUGAAUUUCCAUAUUUUUGUGGCAUAUGACUUUUGUAGAAAUAACACACUUUGAGUAACAAGAAAGGGUAAGGAGUUAUAUUUGUUUGUGUAAGUGCAUCAAGGUACAGCACUGGUACAUACUAAACGUUUCGGUAUUUAAUGGACCUGUACCCAAGUUAUUUCAGUGGGACUGGGUAUUUGUGUACAGCACUAUUUCACAGGAAUAUUAUAGAUAGUUAUAGACAGUUUAGGAUAGUCAUAGACGUGUUGCACAAUUAACUGUAUUGUGAAGGGGAAAAAAACUGUCAUACAUUGUACAUGAGAUACAGCAUUGGGACUGUUCAUUGUAUGUGUAUUGCCAUAUUAAAAGACUUAGUACAAUGUAUGUAACGUUAGUUCAGCUUUAUCCGCGGGGUAAGCUAUAUCCAUUGUGUUGCUAAACAGGC